AUGAAAGAUCACUUUUUGUCCGUUAUUGCUACAUCCAUAAAGCACCGUAUGUCGUAUGAAGCCGUUUUAGACAUUUUUCGGUGGAAUAAAUCAUCACAUGUAUUUAGUAGUUUGCCAACAACUAAAGCAGCGUUAUGGAGAGCAUUAAGCCGCAAUAACUCAAUAAUUUCACGCUACUAUUAUUGUAAGUUGUGCACUACAUACUUAGGUCGGAAAAAUGAUCGUGACAUGUUACAAAUCGAAUGUUUUUGUAAAAAAUGUGGACCUACAAAAUCUGAAGAACAUUUAGGAUUUUUUUUAUACAUCAGCUUGAAAUCACAAUUAAAACAAUUGUUGAAAAUUCCCAACAUGGAACAAUGCUUAAAAUACCGAUUUUCAAGACAAAAAAAAAUAUCCAUGCGAUAGAAGACAUCUAUGACGGUGAAACAUACAAAAAACUAUCUUCAAAAGGACAGAUUUUGGAGCAAUGGUAUAAUUUUUCUUUCACUAUGAACACUGACGGCUGUCAAAUAUCUAAUUCUUCUCGGUCGAGUGCUUGGCCCGUGUAUGUAGAGCUCAAUGAAUUGCCGCCACAUAUGCGCAAAAAAUAUGUAAUGUUAGCAGCAAUAUUUGUUGAUGACAAACAUCCCAAGAUGAACAAUUUGCUGCGACCUUUUACAACAGAAUUGAGAAAAUUGUACACAAAAGGAGUAACGUGGAGACCUUCUGAAAUAACCAAAGUAACUUCAAAAUUUAUUGUCGUUACCUGCACUUUAGAUGCGCCGGCUCGUGCAGCAGUGGUUCGCAUAAAAAAUUUUAAUGGUUACUUUGGCUGUACAUUUUGUUAUGCGGAAGGUGAAAGUUUGUCACGAGGAAAAUUCAUCUAUCCAUUUAGUCAGUCUUAUGGCAAAUUAAGAACUGACUGCGAGUUGUUAGCGGACAUGAAAUUUGUGACUAAAGAAGGUAUUCAGCGGCAUGGUAUAAAAGGAUUUUCUGCAUUAACAGCUUUACCAUUAUUUAGUAUCACCAAAGGUGUAGUCGUUGAUACUAUGCAUGCAGCUUUCCUAGGAGCUGAUGUGAUAAAAAUAAUUGAUAAAAUAUUAUUAUCUAUAAAACCUCCUCGUCGAGCUCGAACUCCUAGAAGUAUUAAUUUUUACGCGCAAUGGAAAGCUUCCGAAUGGCGGAACUGGUUGGACUAUGCUCCAGCAUGUUUAAAACCUGUUUUAGAGGAAAAAUACGUUAAUCAUUUGGCCCUUCUUUCAGAAGCUAUGCAUUACUUGAAUAGUGAUUCAAUAACGUUAUCAGAACUGGAUCGUGCGUCAAUGUUAUUGAAGGAAUAUGUCAAGUUAUUUGAAGAGUUCUUUGGUACUGAAAAAAUGACAUCGAAUAUCCAUUCAUUAACUCAUCUUGCUCGAUGUGUAAUGAACUGGGGUCCUUCUUGGGUGCACAAUGCUUUUAUUUUUGAGGCUUGGAACCGGAAUAUUAUUGAAUCUCUAAGUAGUCCGAAUGCUCGCGAAGAUCAAAUCGCCACACGUUUUCUGAUGCAAAGAUUUCUCAACACUUCAGCAUUUGACAAGUCUAUCGCUUCUGAAACAAGGGACUACAUUGUUAAAAAACUUAAAGUUGUCGAUGAAACUGUAGAAAUAGGAUUCGCUGAUAAAUUUGUUUUGGAAGGAAAACCUACGAUUCGAUCUUUAACUGAAGGUUUGAUUGCUCAGAAUUUUUCACAUGCUUGCUAUGGAUUUGAUACUCAAUUUAUUCAUGAAGUUGAUAAAAAUCAUACCAACUUCAUUCAAGAAACCUCUAGAAUAAGACCAGCGAUAAAAAUAACAACCAUCGGAGCAACAUAUGCAAUCAAACUUGCAAACUGUUGGGAAACAGAUUGA